AUGAAAGCGACGUGUCGACCACGUUUUGCUGACACCGGUGGAACCUGGAUUUUAUUUUUGGUCAUUUCGAAUUUUUUGGUGAUAUCUGGAAGAGCCAUUAUUUUGAGUGGAUCACCAACUUCUUACGCACGGUGAGUUAUGGGUUACUGUAAGUCAUGAUGAAAUUAGAGAAGUGGUUAAAAUAUGAGCUUGUUAUAUAGGCUAGGUUCGAGAAUUGUGACUGUAUUGGAGAUCUCGAAAAAUCACAUGAGAGUUUAAAGUUCAGAAAACUAAUGGAACUAGCUAAAAUAAAUAUAAAUUUAUUCCCGAAAAUAAUUAUUUUGCACUACGAAUCAUCAAAGCUCAAACAACACACAAAUUUCUUCUUCACGAUGAAUCAGACUACAAUUUUCGAUAAAUUUGAGUUAGAACUACUUUUCCUAAAAACUGUUACAAUUAUCUGAAAACUUGGAAAAGGUUCCUGAGGUCCAGGUUCAAAUCAGAAAUUCCAAUCCCAUUCACAAUUUUGCUAUUUUCUAGUUAUCCGAAAUGGGCACACGCGUUCGAAAAUUCACUAUCAAUGGAAAUCAAAACUCGUCAAUCUGACGGACUUCUUCUGUAUUCUGAUGACGGAGGAGUUCAUGGCAAUUUUUAUUCAUUAUCAAUAGUUGACGGACAUCUACAGCUUGAUUUUAGAAUCGGUGAUAGUUCGAAUGAUUUUGGACAACGACGAGCUAUCAACACAAUUCGAGUCGCAGAAGUAUGUUUUUUUUUUUCAUAUUUCUAUUUUUCUCUAUUUUUUAAAAUAAAAAUAAGACACUCAAUCUUCGAAUUUCUCAAAUAUUUUAUACUUUAACUAUGUUUGAGGAACAGCGAAUUCCCAAGAGACUAUUUUUUCAGUUCGUUUUUUUUUCAACGAAACAUUUGACCGACCUCUUUUUUAUGGGUUAGGGAAUCAACAAUUGAUGUUUCUGUUUCUGAAAUUUUUGAUGAAUAGGAAUUUCAAAGAUCUCAAUGAAAAAUAUCAAAAAAAGAAUAAUUCAGGUUCGAAUUGAUGACGAUAAAUGGCAUACGUUGACAAUUUUUCAAUCUUGGGAAAAUGUUAAACUAGAACUUGAUUUCACUUUGGUUUUCAAAAUCCUGAAUCAGCGAAGUUUCAUAUUCGGAAAUGUUCUCAAAAGUUCGGAUGUUUAUAUUGGCGGACUUCCACCAAAUAUGCACAUGUUACCAAUUAUGAGUUCACCAUUACGAAGAUAUGCAAGACAUCUUGCGGUUAACGUUCGAAAUCUCAUGUAUCGACAAUAUCCUCAAGGUUAGUUCUAAAUAGAUAAAAAGUGUAAGUUUUCGAAUCGACUGUUUCAGCAAAAAUCGACAUAAUUAAAGAGAGUAAGUGUGUUGAAAAUGUGUACCCUUAGAAUGUAAACUCAUCAAUUCACAGAUAUAUAACCAAGCGUGGAAUUCAGCACCUCACAGAUUGAUUUUUUUUUCAAAAACCAGGAAUAAUGAAAAAAAAUCAAAUUUUGUAGGAGUAACAUCACCGCAAUUAUUGGAAGCCGUAGGAGCAAGGACAAAUGAAGAUGAUCAUUGCCGAACAAGAACAAUGAGUUCAAGAGAGGUUUUCAGUUGUCAGAAUGAUGGAAUUUGUUAUUCGACAAAUGAAGGAGCUCAAUGUGAUUGCUCUUUGAGUGAUCACGACGGGAAAAAUUGUGAAAAUGGUGGGUUUUUGAAAAUUGAAAAUUUGAAAAAUAAAAAAACCAUUUAUUUUUUACUACCGUAUUUUAAAGACACACAACACAAUCCAGUUGUGUCUUGUAACGAAAUAAUGCGUGGCACUUUGUGUACCGCAGAUUAUUGAUUUUUUUUUCGAUUUUUCUCCAAGAAAAACGUGUUUUUGCAGAGAAAUCAGAUGGUGAACUUACGUUUGGUGGUGAUGAAUGGGUUGGUUAUGAUGUUUCCACAAACACAUCUGCUGCUAUUUUUGCACUUCGCGAAAAUAUCACUCUAUCUUUCAAAACAGUUCAUGGAACUUCAAUGCUAUUCUUCGCUGGAGAUGAGAAAAGUUUUAUUCAUUUGAUGAUUCAAGAUGGUGCACUUAUCGCAACUUCAAAAUUCGAAGGAUCUGAUGCUCGAUUGAUUCGAAUGUUCAACGCUUUUCCAUCGCAAAGAUAUGAUGAUGAUUCGUGGCAUUAUGUGGUUCUUGAAAGAUCUCUUCAUAUGGUAAGAUUAUCUAUCUACUUUUGAAACUGAAUAAUGAACGAUCACGUUUUAAAUUCAUUAUAUCUCAAAUAAAAGAAAAAUUCUCAAAAAAGGGUUUUGUAGCAUUCGGAAGAAAUGAUGGCUAUUCAUGUAAGUUCAGUGUGAUUCCUAUGAAAAUUACAGUAAACUCAUUCAAUAUCUAUUUUUCGGGCGGGUUUGGUUCGAUUUCAUUUUUUGACAGCACGGUUUUGCAGUUUUUCGCUGACAAUGGUUAUCUCCAGCUUUCCCUUUUUCUUCAAUUUUAGUUCAAUUUUCCUCCUUCUCAAAUCUGAUUUCAGUUCAAAUAUCCCAUUAGCAUGUUCUUGGAUGAUUUUAGUUUAGUGAAUAAUAAAUAUAUUUUUCAGAUGACAUUAAUUGUUGAUGGAAAACGAGAUGAAAUUCGACAAUAUGCUCCUGAAGUUGAGUGGAUCACAAAUACUUUUGCAUAUCUUGGAUCGAUUCCGAAAUCAAAUCCAAUGAAAGAUGUUAAUAGAGUUUCGUUUAGAGGAUGUAUGAAGAAGGUAGAAAACUUUUUUUGAAGAUGACACGUCUAGAAAUUUUUAAAUUCAUAGGUUCGCUAUGAUAUUGAUGCUGUUCGAAUUCUUUUUGUCAAUUUGGCUGAUCAAAGUUAUGGAGGAAGUGUUAUCAAAACAGGAGGCGAUAUUUCAUAUUCAUGCCAGAAUCCUGCACACAAAUCAGAUGUUUUAAGUUUCACUGGAGGAUCUGCUUAUCUCGAACUCCCGAAAUGGAAUAGUCUUUCAAGUGGAUCUCUUGGUAUGUCUUUUUAAAAUUAUAACUUUUCCAAUAUAUUCCAAAAAAUGUUGCAGCUUUCAACUUCCGAUCCACAUCAUCUGAUGGGUUGCUUUUUUAUCAUGGUGUGAUGCAACACAAUGCCACUGAUUUUCUAGCUUUCGAACUAAUUGAUAGUCAUCUUUUUAUGAUAAUUAAUCUUGGAUCUGGUGUUGUUCGAUUACAAACAACUGCAAAUAAAAUAAGCAAUGGUGAAUGGCAUCAUGUUCAAUUAGAUAGAAUGUCUCGAACUGGUUCAGUUGUUGUUGAUGCCAUCAAAAUCGACUUCAAUACUCCAGGAGUGUCUUCUAAUUUGAUUAUUGAUGAUCCGAUUUAUAUUGGAAAUGUUCCAAAUAACUCAAUAAUAUAUCCAUCUUCAAUUUGGUCGAUAGCAUUACAAAAAGGAUUUGUUGGAUGUAUCAAGAAUAUUCGAAUAAAUGGAGUUUCUGCGAAAAUUGCGCAGAAUUUUGAGAAUAGUUCGAGAAAUAUGAGUGGAAUUGAAUUGGGAUGUGCAAUAUCGAAUGAUUUAGAUGUUUGUGAUCCAAAUCCAUGUCAAAAUUAUGCGAAAUGUUUGAAAAGGUUGAAUGGAUUUGAAUGUGAUUGUUCGAAUACAAUGUUUGAAGGAAGAAGAUGUGAACAAGAAGUUCAAAGUGUUGAAAUGCUUGGAGCAAAUGAUGAUGUCCACGUAUUGGCACACACUAAAUAUUCUCAAGUUGAACAUAUCAUUAUUAGAUUUAGAGUUAGUUCUUCUUUCAAUAGGAAGCUAAAAAAAAACAUCCAAUUUUUUCAGACUUCAAAUUCACGCGGUGUACUUCUGGAUACUGGCGUAAAUGGAAUGAAAGAUCGUAUCACUGUAUUUCUCAAUGAUAGUUUGCUCAAUUUAUUCAUUCAAGACACGGGUUCAAAUAACACAUUUUCUUGGGGCAAAUCACUUUCCGAUAAUCAUUGGCAUGAGUUGCAAAUCAGAAGACUUGGUCAAAAAUUAUUGUUAUAUCUGGACGGGUUCUGGGGGCAUAGCAGUGAGUUUACAGCUUUAAAAAAAUAUAAUUUAAAAAAAUCAAUCGAAUCAUUAUAGUUUACCUCAAAAAGGAGCUGACAAUUGCAAUAGAUGAAUUAGGAAUCGGCCAUUCUGUACAUCCAUCUGCACCAAAUCCACGUGAUGAAAAUUUCGCUGGACACUUUGCAAAAUUCAUAUUCAAUGGCGAAGAUUAUUUGAAAAACAAGAUUCGGACUGGAAAAUCAAGUUUAAGAGAAAAUCAAAAAGGACAGCGAAACAUCAAAACUUCAAAAUCGUCAUCGAUCUCAUUCUCAAAUUCAAGUGGUUUUGUAUCGUUUUCAAGUGAAAAGAUUGCACAAUUCACUUCGACUGGUAGUUUUAGAAUUCAAUUCAAAUUCCAAACUUUGAUGCGAUCCUCGAUGUUGAUGUAUUCAGUUCCGAAACAUGAUUAUGAUCAGAGUUAUAAGAUUCAAACUUAUGAUGGAAGGUAAGUAAUUUAAAAAUUCGUAUUAUGUUUGCAGAAAACUCGUUGUCAAAUCAAAUGUUUUUUUCAGACUGAAGUAUACCUACCGAGUUGCUGGCCAAGAAAUCCACGUGUUAUCUCCAAAACUACCGUACCAUCAACAUUUGAGUGAUAUGCGUUGGCACAAUGUUUUGAUUUACAAAGACGAGAAAAAUCCAGAACAUAUAAUUUUGGUUGAUAAUACAACAAUGUCCCUUGAUGUUUCAAAAUUCAAGAAAACAAUUCCAAGAAUCUCGGGAAAAUUGUAUAUUGGAAGUAAUCCACUUGGUUUGUCUCGACCUUCGAAUAGUUUUCGUGGAUGUAUUUCAUCGCUUCGAAUUAAUGAAAAUUCAAUUGAUAUUUUUGAAGAAGCUGAUAAUAAAUUGAAUGUUAUUCGAGGAUGUAGUGGUAAGUUGAUUUGAAAAUUAGAAAGUUGAAUUAGAAUUCAGAACAUCGACCUAGACAUUCACCGGAGAAUCAUGGUAAAAAUGAACUUCUACGCUUUUAUUUUUCAUUUUUUAUUUUUAAACUUUUGGAAUGAUUUUCUCAAAUGUUUUUCUGCCAAUAUAAAAAUCUUCAUUUUUCAGGACCUGUCUCGAGAUGUGAUCCUGGAGCGUGUGCGAAUUCCGGAAGAUGUAUCCAACUUUGGUCUUCUAUUAGAUGUGAUUGUAGUCUAACAGCUCAUUCUGGAGAUAGGUGUCAAAAUCCAUCAACAUCGGUGAGAUUUGAUGGAAAUCCGGCGAUGAUUUUCUAUGAAUAUUUGCCAAGUGAAAGACCAACUACUUCCAAAGAUUAUUUUGUUUUUUCUUUUUCAACAACUCAACCAAAUGGUGUUCUAAUAUCGAUUGAAUGUGCAGCUGAUCAAGAUUAUUUUACAAUAUUUUUGAAUAAAGGAUAUUUGAAUGCAUAUUAUAAUUUGGGAAAUCGAGAUCAUCGUGUCAAUUAUUAUACAAAAACUUUGAAUGAUGGUUAUGCGCAUGUUGUGAAAAUAUCGAGAAAUGAGGCAAAUAUGACACUUCAGAUUGAUAAUUUACCAGUUAUGAGAUAUCGACCAAAAAGUGAGUUAGAAUUUUGAAGUCCGAUUGAAAUCAUAUCGAAAGUCUGAAAAUAAUUGUUGUUUUCAGAGGCCACUGAUUUGUUGUUGUUAAAUAUGCAAACUCGAAUAUCAAUUGGAGCUGCUUUCAAUACUCGACAUUUAGAAGGAACAUCUAUGAAGAAAUUGAGAAGACUUCGAAGAAGAAGAUCAAAUGAGAUUUAUGAUUCUUAUCAAGGAGAAGUUUCUGGAGUUAAUGUAAAUGGAUUAAUGAUUUUGGAUUUGUUAGAAAGCAGUAAGUUUGGGGAAAAAUCUGAAAGCUAUCAUUAAAAAUUUUCGAACUCAACCUAUAAUUUGCUCCCCCUCUCUUUCCCGUUUUUGCCGAAUCGCAUAAUUGAAAAUUUACAUAUUUACUUACUUCUCCCUAAUUUCUUCUUCUUCUUCCAAAACUAAAAAAGAAUUUGAGAGAUCUCGGCGAAUUCUGUUUUUCCCAAAAUUCAUCGAAAACAAAAUCAAAAAUUCAGUAUUAUUGUCUCACAGAUUUUUGAAUUUUUCCUAUUUCUUCUUCUUUUCUGCUACAUUCGAAAAUUGCCUAAAUUUAUUCGAAGAAUGUAAAAAAAAGAAAAAAAAAAUGAAAAAUUGUUUUUUUUCCGCGUCAUUUCUAAUCCUUCUGCCGUUCCUUGCUCCAUUUUUUUCCUCGUCCGUCCAUGAUUUUUUUUAGUUUGGAUUAAUUUUAGUGGCUCCUAUUUUUACGUUCUUUCCCAAAAGUUCUUCUUUUUCUUUACUUUUUCUUCACCAAGCCAACACCUUGUUUAAAAAUUAAUGAGUCAAAGAGAAAAGAGCUCCCAAUCCACUCCACUUCUUUUCUCUUUUUUCACUUUUCACUUUUCACAUAAACGAUCCUUCUUUAUGGAAAAAAAAAGAAAAGAACGAGUCGUUUUUGUGUGGAUUAUUUAUUUAUGUUUGAGGUGAUCGAGAAUAUUUUUUGCUUCUUUUGUAAAGUGCAGCUGAAGUUUUCUUUUCAAAAAACUUUUUCACUGUUUCGGAAAUUAUAUUUUUCUGAAAGAAGAUUCUGGGGAGUUUUGAUUCGGACCAUGAAUAAGUUUCAAAAUCUGAUCCUUUUCCGGCAAUUUUCUACAAAUACAUUUACUGAAAAUGUUUUUCUUACAAACUUAGUUGGUCCGAUAUAUUUUGAUGACCUAGUUCAGUCAUUCAAACAAUCGGAUGUUUCACAUGUUCCCUCACAAGUCAGGCCUAAUUCACAACCUCCCAACCAAAAAUUUGCACAUUUUGAGCUCUAGUGUAACAAGUUACAUAGAAGGUUUUAAAUUAUUCAUUGAAAAUUCAAAAAUCAUUCACUCCUUUUUCUCUUCUAUUUUCACCUACCUGACAGGAUUGCAUAUUCAUAAUCCAUUUUUGAUGUAUUUAGCCUCCACUAUUUUAUUUUUAUUUUUAGUUCUAAUCUUGCAAAUUUCCGGAUUUUGUACCACUUCCGAAAAAGCACCGAUUUCCUUGUCAUCUUCUUCAUCACCCUACCAAACCACAAAAAAAACGAAAAGGGUCAAAUUCCCAUCCGAUUUCAAAUUGCCAUUAUUUUAUUUCGAAGAUUGGUAGAAGAAAAGGCAGAAAAACGAGAAAAAACGGAAUAGAAUCGAAUUUCAUUUUAUUUCAUCCCCCUGUUUUUUUUUUUCAGCAGCCUUUUUUAUCUUCCUUUGUAGUAUUCCUACGUUUUUACUAUUUCUGGAUUUUCUCACACACUCAUUUUUUUUUCGGUUAUACGAAAAAAGUGCAAAGAGACAAAAUAAGAAAACAAAAAUAAUAGAAUCAAUUAGUUUUGAAGAGAGAAAUACGAAAAAUAAGAGAGUUGCUAUUUUUAGGAGGAUUUUUUAUAGUUUCUCGAUAGAGUUCGAAAUAAGUUUGUUUUCUGGGAAAAUAAGUUAUGACGUGGGUAGACUUUUUGUAAGCUUGGUUACUUGACAUUGAAGAUCUUAAGGUGCCGGCCUUAUCAAAAGUGGAUCUCUAGACGGAUGGCCUAGUAGACGAUUGGGCUACUAGGCCUUCUAGGUCUUGGACAGUCCCGCGCUGUCCCGGGGGCGGAGUCUGAUGCAAGUGCCUCACGCGAUUUCAGCAAGCCUGCCGCAUACUAAAAAUUUAUGGGUGGUCUCUGCUCACUUUUUUCUUGUUUCCUCUAAAGUAUCACAUGUUGAAUUUAGUUAAAACAUGUAGAUGUCAACAAAAAAUCUUGACUUCUUCUCUUUUUUCGCGUCACUACCGGAAGAAGAACCUUUUAUGAAUAAAUUAAAGAAAAAGAUGAAGAAGAAGAAGAAGUCUAAUCUUUUAUGGACAUUAAAUAUUUCCUCCCCCUCCAUCCAUCCAAGCCUAUAGGCUUCUUUUUUAUUUUCACACACUCUGCCUCUACUUUUUUUCAUAUAUUUUAUCCAUUUCUUCUAACACACACACACACUUGCUUUAAGGUACAUUUAUGUUAGAUUGAAUAGUCUCUGCGUCUCUUGAUUUUUCAUUUUUCAUAUUUUUUUUGUGUUGUCUAUAAGUAGUAGUAGUAGUAGUUUUUGCAAAUGCUUUUUUUUCUCUGAAUAUCCUGACCUCCCUCCAUUUCUUUCUUCUUUUUUUUGCUUCCCUUUAGAAGAGCUCUCGGCCAUAUAAAAAAGAGAAGAAGAAGAAAGGAAGAAGGAAAAAAUGGAUUGAAAAAAUACUCAAACACCUCCUAGUUUUUUUUUGUGUCAAAAAGAAAGUUUUUGUUUUCGCACUUUUUUCUUAUCACUAGAACAAAUUGACAAUUUUUAUCAGCCGAAUCGCCUGCUUCCGUGGCGCAAUAGGCAGCGCGUUCGGCUGUUAACCGAAAGGUUGGUGGUUCGAGCCCACCCGGGAGCGAAACUUUUUUCCUUUUUUGAAUCCAAAACUAGAUUUUUUCUCCGAGAAAACAGAAAGAAGUGGGAGUUGAGUUUUCCCAGAUUUUUUGUAUUCCAUCAAAGUGCGAAAGACCUUAAUAAUUUAUUGGUGUGAACCUUUUUAGGUUCAGACAAAUCACUAUCUGACGAAUUUCUUUUCUCUCUGCAAAAUCCACUUUUUUUCCAAAAAAAAAUCUAACCUACCUUCACUCAAAAAAAACACAUCAAAUUUAUAUGUGCCAAGAAACGGAGGCACUUGAGAGUUAUAGCCCUCCCCGUCCUAAAAAAGUACAUUCAAUUUGUUUCAUGUACUUGAACCAAUAGGAUUUUUACGAACUUCUCUUUUUUUUUGAGGAACAUGAAUAUUUAUUUUUUGGGAGAUGUCAGUUUCAGAAAUUACGAAAAUUCGUCUGAAAAAAAAAACAAAUCUCUGAUCAACUGAACUUUUUUCUUCUUUUAAAUAUUUAGAUUUAACAAAAUUAAAAUAAUAAAUCUUAUUAUUUUCCAGAUUCAAAUCGUGUUCAUAGUAUUGGAAGUCCAAAAACCACAGCAGUUAGUGAAAGUAGUUCGAGUCGAGAAGAAGACGAAGAAUUUGCUGAAAUUAUGAUGACCAUGGAUGAGGUUGGUUUUUUUUGUUUCUGGGUUAGAGUUUUGGGUUUAGAGAUUAUAUUUUUCGAAAUGUCUAAAAACUAACGUUUUUUUUUCGAAGUUCAAAGCAGUCAUGUGGAAUUUUUUGUUCAGUUUGGUCGGUGACUAAAAAAUAAUGUUUUUGAGAAUAUUUUUCGCGGAGUUGUAAAGUGGUGUUUUUUGUGGUCAACCGAACGUCAUUAGGUUAUUUUUAGGUUGGGGAGAAUUUUGGAAAAAAUAAUUUUAUAGAGUGGUGGUAUUUUAGAAGGAGGUGAUAGAUCUUGUGAAAUUACCCGCAAUUUCAGAGUGGAGAAAUCUAAAUUUAGACUUUGAGAUGUUUUUUUCUAGAUAAAAAAAAUGAAUUUCGUCUUGGUAUCAGGAAAAUUCAUCUCUACUAGAAAUAAUCUGAAAAGUUUGAAAAAUACAAGUUCAUUAGUGGGAGAUUUUUGAUACUUUGUAGAAUUCUGAAAAAUUCCUAGAAAAAUCGAGAAAAAGUGCCAAUUUCAUAAAAAUCUCUCAUUUUGAAACAUGUUCAAUAAUUAUAUUUUCAUUCUAUAAUAAUUUAAUUUCAUUUUCAAACAAAUAAUGUAUUCCCUCAUGCCAUCCCAUUUUCAACACACAUUUUCAUUUUGUGCCCAAAAAUGUGUCAGUUGAAUGUAAUAAGUAAUAGUCAGUCAGACACUUUACAUACAUAUUUUCGGCUAUUUUGUUGUUGUGUCCAAAUUGCAUUUUCUUUUGUCCUCCUGAAAAAGAAGAAAAAGAAAUAUCUACUUUUCGAUAAAAACAUACAUUUCUUGAAACAUUUUCUGCCAGACAAUUCACAAGUUUUUUGUCUUGUUUUCAAGUUUUCGAAAAAAAAGAGGAAUUUGUUUGUCCUUCUAGAGAACUAAAAGAAGAAUAGAAUAUUUGAAUAUUUUCGCGUUUUUCUUAGAUUUGGUUAGUUAUAUAUUUUUUCGAUGUUUUUUGGCUAUAGAAUUGUUUUCUUCUCACUCAGUUUUUUGCCUUAUUUUCAGCAGAACCAGGCCGGAAAAAAUAUAAAUAAGUAAACCAAAUUAAUUUCCAUUCCAUUCCAUUCUUGAAGAAGAAACGGAAAAUAAUUAGAACGGAAUUCUUUUUUUUCUCCCAGCGGCAUUUUUUCAAGUAUCUUGAGCUAUUUUUUGAGCUCUUUUUUCGAAAAAAUGUGUUGAAAUGUGUUCGUUCCCCAAGAGACAAAUUUGAAAUUCCUAUUGACAAGUUGUCUGAAAUUCCCGUCUUCUUCUUUUUUUUUUGUAAAUAUGUUUUCUUAUUCUAUUUUUUCUCGGAAGAAUAGAAAAGCUGUCAAUUAUUCAUUGUGUUAUGAGAGAAAAUCUGAAAAUCUUAAAAAAAAUCUGAAAAUAUUUUCAGAAUUCCAACGAGGCUUUGAUUGAAUCAUUGGCACCGAGUUGUUUAUCAAUCGAAGAACAACAAAGUUGUUAUAUUGAAACGGACGAUAGUCAAGGUUAG